AUGCGUCCGACUUACUGCUGGCAAUGCGGACCAAGGUCUGACAGCCCUCAGACCUUGGGAGUACCCCCCACAGGAUACCCCAAGGGACACAAACAUCUUGCUGCAGUCCAACAUCAACUUAAAUCUGGUCUGAAGAAGAAGUUCCAGUGUGUGUUUGAGGGGAUCGCUAAAGCAGGAAGUCCAACCCUUCUGAACCAGAUCUACACAGAGCUCUACAUCACAGAGGGAGGGACUGGAGAGGUCAAUGAUGAACAUGAGGUCAGGCAGAUUGAAACAUCAUCCAGGAAACCACACAGACCAGAAACAACCAUCAGACAAGAAGACAUCUUUAAAGUCCCACCUGGAGGAGAUCAACCAAUCAGAACAGUGAUGACAAAGGGAGUGGCUGGCAUUGGGAAAACAGUCUUAACCCAGAAGUUCACUCUGGACUGGGCUGAAGGCAAAGCCCACCAGAACAUCCACUUCAUAUUUCCAUUCACCUUCAGAGAGCUGAAUGUGGUGAAAGAGAAAAAGUUCAGCUUGGUGGACCUUGUUCAUCACUUCUUUACUGAAACCCAAGAAAUCUGCAGCUUUGAACACUUCCAGGUUCUGUUCAUCUUUGAUGGUCUGGAUGAGAGUCGACUUCCUCUGGACUUCCAGAAGCAGGAGAUCCUGACUGAUGCUACAGAGUCCACCUCAGUGGAUGUUCUGCUGACAAACCUCAUCAGGGGGAAACUGCUUCCCUCUACUCACCUCUGGAUAACCACACGACCUGCAGCAGCCAAUCAGAUCCCUCCUGAGUGUGUUGGCAUGGUGACAGAGGUCAGAGGGUUCACUGACCCACAAAAGGAGGAGUACUUCAGGAAGAGGUUCAGAGAUGAGGAGCAGGCCAGGAGGAUCAUCUCCCACAUGAAGACAUCAAGAAGCCUCCACAUCAUGUGCCACAUCCCAGUCUUCUGCUGGAUCACUGCUACGGUUCUGGAGGACGUGUUGGAGACCAGAGAGAGAGGAGAGCUGCCCAGCACCCUGACUGAGAUGUACAUCCACUUCCUGGUGGUUCAGACCAAAGUGAAGAAGGUCAAGUAUAAUGGAGGAGCUGAAACAGAUCCACACUGGAGUCCAGAGAGCAGGAAGAUGAUUGAGUCUCUGGGAAAACUGGCUUUUGAUCAGCUGCAGAAAGGAAACCUGAUCUUCUAUGAAUCAGACCUGACAGAGUGUGGCAUUGAUAUCAGAGCAGCCUCAGUGUACUCAGGAGUGUUCACACAGAUCUUUAGAGAGGAGAGAGGGCUGUACCAGGACAAGGUGUUCUGCUUCGUCCAUCUGAGUGUUCAGGAGUUUCUGGCUGCUAUUCAUGUUCAUCUGACCUUCAUCAACUCUGGUGUCAUCCUGAUGGAAGAAACACGAACUUGUAAGAGGUCUUCAAUCUUUAGGAAACUUAAACUAAAGUCUCUUCACCAGAGAGCUGUUGAUCAGGCCUUAAAGAGUCCAAAUGGACACCUGGACUUGUUCCUCCGGUUCCUCCUGGGAUUUUCACUGCAGACCAAUCAGAGACUCCUACAAGGUCUGCUGACACAGACAGGAAGUAGCUCACAGACCAAUCAGGAAACAGUUCAGUACAUCAAGGAGAAGAUCAGUGAGAAUGUGUCUGCAGAGAAAAGCAUCAAUCUGUUCCACUGUCUGAAUGAACUUAAUGAUCGUUCUCUGGUGGAGGAGAUCCAACAGUCUCUGAGUUCAGGAAGUCUCUCCUCAGAUAAACUGUCUCCUGCUCAGUGGUCAGCUCUGGGUUUCAUCUUAGUGUCAUCAGCAGAAGAUCUGGAUGUGUUUGACCUGAAGAAAUACUCUGCUUCAGAGGAGGUUCUCCUGAGGCUGCUGCCAGUGGUUAAAGCCUCCAACAAAGCUCUACUGAGUGGCUGUAACCUCUCAGAGAGAAGCUGUGCAGCUCUGUCCUCAGUUCUCAGCUCCCAGUCCUCCAGUCUCAGAGAACUGGACCUGAGUAACAACAACCUGCAGGAUUCAGGAGUGAAGCUUCUCUCUGUUGGACUGUUGAGUCCAAACUGCAAACUGGAAACUCUCAGCUUGUCAGGCUGUCUGGUCUCAGAGGAAAGCUGUGCUUCUCUGGUCUCGGCUCUGAGCUCCAAUCCCUCCCACUUGAUAGAGUUGGACCUGAGCUACAAUCAUCCAGGAGACUCAGGACAGAAGGUGCUGUCAGCUGGACUGAAGGAUCUACACUGGAGACUGGAAACUCUCAGCUCUUACGGUGAGUUCAUGUAAUACCUACAUUGACCGUUGGAAUAAAGG